ACCACACCUCCGUGUGCGCUAUGCUCUCUCGCGCUGCCAUCCCAUCCUCAUCAUGGCCUCCAAAAAUCCGCCGCUGCGUCCGAGAAUGAGCACGAGCAGACUAGCCGUUGGCCCUUACCUUCCCCGCGCGGAAAUGAACAACGUCAAGCCGAAACAGAGGCACCGGUAGAGGUGUGCGCGCCGGGGGAUAACGCCUCCGAGCUCAUGCCACCCCGGUCUCCUCGAUGUCUUCGUCAAAAGCCACGUACAGCCAUUUGACAAAGAGGGGUGCGAACCCCGGCCGCGGCGGCGACAGAAACAUGAACAGGGAUUUUUCUGUCAAUCUAUCAGUGCAGCAAGUGCUGAGCCUCUGGGUACAAGGCACGACGCUGCAACAUUUCACAGAGAUGUGGUACUGGGUGUUCCUGUGGUGUCUCUUCUCCUCUCUCUUGGUCCACGGGGCGAUGGGCCUGCUCAUGUUGGUCAUGUUGCAGCGCCACAAGAGGGGUCGCCUCAUCACCUUGGUCCUGGUCAGUCUGGGUUUCCUGACCUCCCUGGUUGGAGGGGUCAUCACCAGUGCGGCGGUGGCGGGGGUGUACAGGGUGGCAGGGAAGGACAUGGCCCCUCUCCAGGCCUUGGUGUUUGGAGUGGGCCAGACCACCCUCUCUGUCCUCGUCUCCUUCUCACGCAUACUGGCCACCCUCUGAAGAGAUGACCCUUCCACACAGAUGGACAGAGACUCACUGACGGAUGGAUAGAUAGACACACACACACUCACACACACACACACACACACACACUCACACACACACACACACACACAGGAGAGGAGGGAGCGACUGGGCACGUGUGGGAGACCAUGGUUCACAUCCUACCAGUUACACUCGCCAGCGACAGAUAACAACACAGCCAAUGGGUGAACUGUGGUGUCAGUGAACUUCAUGUUGUAUUUGGAGGAAAACAAACACAGUCAAUUAGCUGAAGACUGUGGUGUCCCAGCAGUUGCAGACAUUUAGGGAGGGAUGCCGAAGAGAUAGUACCCCCCCCCCCCCCCCCCCCCCCCCCCCACCGGUGGCUGUGUUCUGCCACUGCUGCCCUCACUAGAUCCCCCUCUGCUGCAGUACGACAUGGGACGUCAAUGCAGGUCUCAGUUCUCUGUGUUCAAGAAGCACUUCAAAAGGCUCCCCACCAGGUGGCGAUGUCCCCAGCCUCCGUCAAGUGUCGAGUCAGUGAAACCACAUCCUGGACCGAAGGCAAUGUCUUGGGUAUUUUCAGAAUUGUCAGUUCUAUGUGCCAAUGGCCUCUGGGACUUACCUCCAGUGUUGUCAAGAGAGAUGCUUUCAUGGCCAUCUCCACAGACUCUCCUUGAAGGUUUUCUGAUGCACUUGUAGUGGGAAAACCACCCACAUUUGUUUUUUUACAGUAAAGAAAAACGACAACAACCUGUAUUUAAUUGUACACUUAAUAGCCUAUGGUCCUUGAAGUGCCAGGGUAUGCUGAUGAGGGCCAUGGCCAGAACAGAGAUGGACCUCUCAGAGAGGAUGCCAGACAGGAUGUCAACCGAACUACCUUUCAGUGUUAAAAACACAACCACAAAACAGCUGGUUCUUCUGACUGUGGACAUCUUUAUAACUAUUCCUUCUUGUAAAGUUCUUUGACUACCGCAGCCGUGUUUCUGUUGACAACAUAUGUUUCUUUUUUAGGGGAAAGAAAGAAAGAACAUGACAAAUGGCUCAAGCCUUUCUACUUUCUAAAUGUUGGCGAUCCCCCCCUUGUUUACCUAAAAAGGUGUCUGAAUAGGGAAAGUCGUUCAGGUGCCGUAGUUCAAGGUUACUAAGGAGAUAGAACCACCAUCUCUGUUUGACCUUUUGUUCAUUCAUGUCUAGACCCCGUCCAGGUUGUCCAACAUACUCUGAGGCAAUAGCAACUCUGGCCAUGAAGAUUGUCUGGAGAGGGUCAGAGUUGGGGAUUCUUUCACCACCUGGUUCUUACAGAGUUUUAUGGAGGUAAACUAUUGUCUUAACUGAAGUUAAUGUCCUGGUAGUAGCUGUAUGGCUGCUUGAGAAUAGUUAAGAUAGAGUAUAUCUUGGAAGGGUUUCUGUCUCUGUGUUGUGGUGCAGAUUUACUGUUAAAGGCACAGUACAGUCAACAAUGUCAUUUUUCCUGUGUUUUAUAUAUAUUUCUACACUAUGCGGUUGGAAUAAUACUGUGAAAUUGUGAGAAUGAUGAUCGUGCCCUUUUCGUGUAAGAGCUGUUUGAAAAGGACGCCUGACAUUUUUGCUUGUUUUGGUGGGAUGGAGUUUUGGCCUGCCUGGUGACAUCACCAGGCAGUAAAUUAGCUAAUAGACCAAUAAGAAAGAGAGUUCCAAAGCUCUUUGUCAAUAACAGCUAGUUUUCAGUUUUCCCCUCUCUACUUCAGACAGUCCUAGCAAAAUGUGAGACCGUUUUGAUUGAAAUUAAUAUUUAAUUUUUACCCAGAAAUGAUUUAAUAUUGAGAUAAAAAUGUCUACAUUGGACAUUUCUUAAGGUUUAGAAAUUGGAAUCCAGCUGCUACUUGGUGGUUAAAGAUACAAAUGUCUGGACUCCUAUAAAUCCCACUCCAUAGAGAGCCAUUUCUAUAGAAGGUCAGAGACUCAAUCUGCAUCCCAAACCACACCCUAUAUAGUGCACUACUUUUGACCAGAGCCCUAUUACCUAUAUAGUGCACUACUUUUGCACUACUGCUGCUGAGAUGGCCAUUUUCUAUGGCUCCCUGCCUCUCUGUUAGGUCUUGCCAAGCCAGUGUGUAUUGUUAAUGUGUUCUGUUUAACUAAGUUUGACUUGUUUGUGUUCUGUUUAACUAACUUGUUUGUGUGUUCUGUUUAACUAACUUGUUUGUGUGUUCUGUUUAACUAACUUGUUUGUGUGUUCUGUUUAACUAACUUGUUUGUGUGUUCUGUUAAACAAGUUAGUUUAUGUGUUCUGUUUAACUAACUUGUUUAUGUGUUCUCUUUAAGUUUAACAUUGUGUAUUGCACUGACAAGGUAUCUGCCUUAAUUUCACACAGUGUUGAUAUCUGAUGAGACUGGUCUUAGGUGGGUGACCCAUAGACCCAUAGACCCAUGUAGGAUGCUAUAUGUAAUUCUAUGAGGUGACCGAUCAAAACCAGUGUUCCCUGGUACAUAUUCCCUGUGGGCUCUGGUCUAAAGUAGUGCACUAUAUAGGGAAUAGGGUGCCAUUUGGGACACCGGCCAGGUUUGAGAAGCGCUGCUGUGGUUUUGGAGGUGUAACUGAGUGAGACUGAGAGACUGCAGCACCAGGGUCGUUAUUCGUUUGGCUCUGUGGGACUAAUCAUGAUUAAUGUGUUUGUGUCUGACUGUCCUCCCUCUGGGACAGUUCAAGUGUAUUUGAACCUUUUGUAUUGACCAACAACAGGACAAGUCUUACUGUAACCACAUUAGACCACACAGAUGUAUUGGUUGUGUCCCAAGAGGCACCAUAUUCCCUAUAUAGUGGACUACUUUAGACCAGAGCCCUAUUCCCUAUAUAGUGCACUACUUUAGACCAGAGCCCUAUUCCCUAUAUAGUGCACUACUUUAGACCAGAGC